AUGAUUACGAUGCAGACUAUGCUAUUGAAAGUUGCCCUCGAUCAUCGACCGUCGCCGUCGUCAAAAGGAGGAGAUGCUGCUAUGCCAUUUGCUGGGCAUAGGGAUGGAGAUUUUGGAGGGUCAAGACCAUAUAACUUCUGGCAAUGGCGUUCCCCAAAACCUUAUUGGCAGUUCCUCCUUUACUUGUUCAUAGCCCUCACCGCAUGCGAAUUGAUCCUCUCUCCAGCCCCAUGGUUCUAUUCCGUCUACUCCGACGCAAUCGGCUAUAUUGGACUUGGAGUAGAAGCAACACUUCCAAUUCCACAAAUCAUCGCCAACUACAAAUCCCGAUCGUGCAAAGGUUUUCGCUUUUCUGUCAUGGCCAGCUGGAUUGCUGGUGAUAUAAUGAAGAUGUUCUGGUUUUUUACCGCUACGAGUGCUAUACCCUGGGCCUUCAAACUUUGUGGCAUGUUCCAGAUGUGUUGCGAUUUGUUCUUGGGUUUGCAAUUUUGGAUGUAUGGAGAUGGGGAUGGAAAUAAAAAGAAUGAUGGCUAUAGAACGCCACUAGGGGAGAAAGAUGCUCGGUUAUCAUGA